GAAGACCGAAGAGAGUGACUGCAAAUUCAGGAUAAUGGUAACAGCUACCUCGUCUUCGCUUCUUAGCUUUAACAUCUCCAGAUUCUCCACCAUCUCUCCUCUCGACCCCAAACCCUCUGCAAGACCCAGAAGCUCUAUCUGCAGGGCUAGUUUCGGUGUACAUAGGAAACCCACCAACAGCAGCAGCCAAUCAUGGAACCUUGGGUUGCUUUCUUACAGCUCUAAAGGAUCAGUUUUUGAUCCAUUGGGUAUCAAUCCAGAUGUCUCAAGUGGUCUAAAAGGUGCUUGGGAAGGUUUUCUAGCUUUGUUAAUGCCAACAUUUGAGAGUGCAUCGAGUACAAAGAACGAUAAACCUUCAAAUCGAGGAUUAGCAGCUGCAAUUGAGGAUAGUUCCAUUGACAUUGGGGAUUUCUUCAAAGGUCCACUACCAGGAAAAUUUCUCAAGCUUUUGGGAUAUUUAGCCCUAUCCCGGCUUGGAAUUUAUAUACCUCUUGGUGGGGUUAACAGAGAGGCUUUUGUUGGCAAUUUGGAUCAGAACAGUUUUUUGAGCACUUUGGAUUCUUUUUCUGGGGGAGGCAUUGGUAGACUGGGAAUAUGUUCUCUUGGUAUUGUUCCCUUUAUCAAUGCACAGAUUGUGUUUCAGCUUCUUGCCCAAAUUUAUCCCAAACUGCAAGACCUUCAGAAAAGAGAAGGUGAAGCAGGAAGAAAGAAAGUUCUUCAGUAUACUAGAUAUGCUUCAGUUGGUUUUGCUAUAGUUCAGGCAAUUGGCCAGGUACUUUACCUUCGUCCAUAUGUUGAUGAUUUCAGUACAGAGUGGGUUCUUUCUUCAGUUGUUUUGUUGACUCUUGGUUCUGUGUUCACUACAUAUAUUGGGGAAAGGAUCUCAGAUCUAAAACUCGGAAAUGGAACGUCUCUUCUAAUAUUUACAAACAUUAUCUCCUACUUGCCAGCAUCAUUUGGAAGGGCAGUUGCACAGGCAUUUCAGGAUGGUAACUACAUUGGACUUAUCUCCCUUAUCAUUUCAUUCUUCCUACUAGUUCUUGGCAUUGUAUAUGUACAGGAAGCGGAGAGGAAAAUUCCACUCAACUAUGCCUCAAGAUACACAAGCAGAAGUGGAGGACUCCAAAAAUCUGCUUACCUACCUUUCAAGGUAAAUAGCGCUGGGGUGAUGCCAAUUAUAUUUUCAACAUCGUCACUUGCUCUUCCCGGUACUCUAGCACGAUUCACUGGUACAUCUACUCUGAAGAAUGCUGCCUUGGCUUUGAAUCCUGGAGGUAAGAUUAAAGAUUUUGACUGUUCUCUCUAUCUUCCUACCAAUAUCUUGUUGAUUGCAUUUUUCAACUACUACUACACUUUUCUACAAUUGGACCCUGAUGAUGUGAGCGAGCAGUUGAAGCGUCAAGGUGCAUCAAUCCCACUGGUCCGGCCGGGUAAAACCACAGCAGCAUUUCUGAAAACGGUAACUCUAUUUUUCUGUACUAAACAUACCUUUAGCACAUAGGCAGGAAUUUUAAUUUAAAUAGCUGAACAUUGUUGGAGUGUUACACCUUAAAUUGUGUUGACUCAAUAUCACAAGAUGUGGAGAAAAGGACAAAUAGGUACAGAAAGAACUCUUGGUGACAGAAAGUCAAGCUUUGUAUGUUCAAGUAUGGGGUGAAGAUGGAGGAAGUAUUAAUUUUCAAUUGAUUUAUUAUACUCAAAUAAUCUCAAGGAUUUUGACCAUAUCUUUAGAAGCUCUAACCUAAACUCAGUUCUUUUUUGAUCGCAUACAUACUUUUCUGGUUGGCCUAUAGGUUCUUAGGCGGAUAUCGGUUUUGGGAUCAGCUUUUCUAGCAAUCUUGGCUGCCGGUCCUGCCGUGAUUGAGCAAACGACACACUUGACUGCAUUCCGGGGAUUUGCAGGCACUUCUGUUCUGAUUCUUGUUGGCUGUGCUACAGACACUGCUAGAAAAGUUCAGGCAGAGAUAAUAUCUCAGAAGUACAAGAAUAUUGAGUUUUAUGACUUCGACAGAUAUGGACAAUAACAAGUAUAAGAAAUGAAGGGCCGGGAGAGGAUGAGAAAACCAUGACCUAGGUGUUAAUUCUCAAGAUGAUGGUCUCUGGAAGAGGAUAUGUUGAUGAUGCUCAUUUUGCUUGAGUGCAUUUGCAGCCUUUGGUAUAUGUGUUCUUUCUUUGAAAUUCAAGAGCAAAUUUGGGAUGUAGCUUGUAUAGAUGCUGCCUUGCAGCCACAUUUAAUUCAUUUUAAUGUCUUAAAACAAAAUUGGAAAUCUUCUUCUUGAUUAGAUCCUCUUGUUCAUUCAGCCAACUGAAUAAUUGGAAGCACAAGUUGCAGUAUCAAUGAAAGUCAGUUAAGAUU